GAAAACUGCUUUUGUAUGAAACCAAAUUUUGGGUGGCAAACCAUGGGUUCGAAAAUUCUAACGUUAAACAUGUCGAAAACCAGAAUGUUUCUGUUCAUUAUGUUGUUCUGUUGCCUCGUUUCUGAGACAUCUGCAACAGUUUCCUACGAUGGACAUGGCAUUCUUGUUGAUGGAAAAAGAAGGAUUCUAAUAUCAGGAUCCAUUCAUUACCCAAGAAGCACUCCUGAGAUGUGGCCUGACCUUAUUUAUAAAGCCAAAGAGGGAGGCUUGGAUGUUAUUCAAACUUACGUGUUUUGGAAUGGACAUGAACCCUCCCAAGGAAAAUUUUUUUUUGAAGGGAGAUAUGAUCUAGUUCGGUUCAUUAAAUUAGUUCAACAAGCAGGACUUUAUGUUCAUCUCCGGAUUGGCCCCUAUGCCUGUGCAGAAUGGAAUUUUGGGGGAUUUCCUGUCUGGCUGAAAUAUGUUCCUGGGAUUGAAUUUAGAACGGAUAACGAGCCUUUCAAGGCGGCAAUGAAGGGGUUUACAGAGAAGAUUGUGAACAUGAUGAAGGCUGAAAAACUGUUUGAACCUCAAGGAGGUCCUAUAAUUUUGUCACAGAUAGAGAACGAAUACGAACUGAUGGAAUAUGAUAUUGGCAAUCCUGGGAAAGCUUAUGCCAAAUGGGCAGCAGAAAUGGCUGUAGGUCUUGGCACUGGAGUUCCAUGGGUCAUGUGCAAGCAAGCUGAUGCCCCUGACCCAAUUAUAAACACCUGCAAUGGUUUCUACUGUGAAAAUUUCUAUCCCAAUGAAGCUUACAAGCCGAAAAUGUGGACAGAACUCUGGACUGCCUGGUUACUUGGCUAUGGGGAACCUGCCCCAUACAGACCAGUAGAGGAUAUAGCAUUUGCAGUUGCAAAGUUUUUACAGAACAAGGGCUCAUUUAUAAAUUAUUAUAUGUAUCAUGGAGGAACAAAUUUUGACAGGACGUCUGGUAGAUUUGUUGCCACCUCCUAUGACUAUGAUGCUCCAAUUGAUGAAUAUGGGUUAGUGAGGGAACCCAAAUGGGGCCAUCUAAGAAAUUUACAUAAGGCUAUCAAGCUCUGUGAAUCGGCUUUAGUCAAUUCAGAUCCCACAGUUACUUCACUGGGAAAGAAUCGAGAGGCUCAUGUUUUCAAGUCGGGAGGAGCUUGCACUGCAUUCCUAGCAAACUAUGAUGCACAAUACUCUGUCAAGGUGUCCUUUGGAAAUGUGCAGUAUGAUCUGCCUGCUUGGUCCAUCAGCAUACUGCCUGACUGCAAGAAUGUUGUAUUCAACACUGCAACGGUGAAGAAAAUAUUCUCAUCCUUCACUGAACCAGUUAUAAUAUUUUCUAAUGGAGUGGUUAGUUUCCAUGGUAAACAUAUGCAAAUGACACCUGUGGGGACGGCAUUCUCUUGGCAUUCAUACACAGAGACAGCUCCUUCUGUGGGUGACAAGGAAUCAUUUACAGAAGAAGGGUUAAGGGAGCAACUAAAUGUCACUUGGGACACUACAGACUACUUGUGGUACAUGACAAAUGUCAACAUAGACAACAAUGAAGCUUUUUUGAAGAAUGGGCAUCUUCCUAUCCUCACAGUUGAUUCUGCAGGCCAUGGUUUGCAUGUUUUCAUCAAUGGUCAAUUAUCAGGAACUGCUAAUGGGAAUAUCAAUAAAGCAAGACUCACAUUUAGUGGCAAAGUGAACCUGAAAGCUGGACUUAACCAUAUUGCUUUACUAAGCAUUUCAGUAGGACUCCAGAAUAUUGGCACCCAUUUUGAGAAAUGGAACGUUGGGAUCCUUGGCCCUGUUACUUUGCGAGGUCUCAAUUCAGGAACUUGGGACAUGUCUCGAUGGACAUGGUCUUACAAGAUUGGUGUAGAAGGUGAAGCUCUGGGUCUUUACUCAGUCCAUGGAAGCUCUUCGGUUAACUGGGCAGUGGGAAAAUCAUUGGCUAGAAGUCAGCCAUUAACAUGGUAUAAGACAACAUUCGAUGCGCCAGGAGGAAAUGAUCCAUUAGCCCUGGAUAUGAGUUUCAUGAGUAAAGGCCAAAUCUGGAUAAAUGCGAAUAGCAUUGGGAGGCACUGGCCUGCAUAUAAAGCUUCUGGAACAUGUCACCAAUGUUCUUAUGCCGGGUUAUACAAUGAGAAAAAAUGUCUAUCUGGUUGUGGAGAGUCCUCUCAAAAAUGGUACCAUGUUCCUCGAUCCUGGCUGAAACCAAAGGGAAAUUUACUUGUUGUUUUUGAAGAAUGGGGUGGAGAUCCAAGUGGGAUUUCUUUGGUCAAGAGAAGUUACUAAGGUACUCAGGUAUCAUUCAUCCUUUGAAAGAUACAGCAACCAAGUCUGUCUCUCAGUUGCUGCAAAUGUAAAUUAAUGCCUACAUGCAUAGUGACCUAAAAAAGAAAGUUGUUGAUCCAAAAAUUAUGAGAUUUCAAUAAAAUUUCCAGUUUUAU